CAGAUGGCACCCCGGGUCACCAGGAUGGCCAGUCCAUCUUGGCCGAAGAGGCCCGCAAGAUGAUGAAGACCAACAGUGGCGCCUUCUCACCACACCAGAUCGAAGCAAUGGAGAAGGCAUGCAACCCCUCACUCUACCCCGAUGUCUACCGCAAGGAUAUCACUCAGGAUUCCCGUGGUCAGGUCGGUAUGCCCAUCUCUAGCGCUUCAGAAUACCACCACGCGAAUUUAGAAGCACAGCGCCACCACGCGGUUACAUCAGGUUAUCAUCAAACAGGUCAGAGUCGCGAUAUGACUCCUCUACAUGCCUACCCAGCCUCAUCUCAAGGCGGUUAUUCCAGUGGUUCAGUGGCCGGCAUCGUGCCUCCCCUAGUGCUUCCACCCGGCGGUGGCUCCUACAGUCACGGCGGAAGGGAGGGUGAAUAUUCCCCUGGUCAGUUUUCACAGUACAACCACCCGCACGCCCAGUUCUCUGUUCCAGGCCAUUACAAUGAAUGGCAGCGAUAUACCGGGAGCCAGAGCCUGCUAACGAAACAAGGCAGUCCUCAGGCAAACGCUCAGAUGUCGACGCACCAUCCGAACAGUCACCCGCAACACCAGCAACAUCCGCAGCAGCACCCGCAGUACGCGUUGCACUCUCAGAGCCACAACGCUCAUCUUCAUCCAUCGGGGGCGUCGGGGUUGAUCGGGGAUCACCACAGCAGGGUGAUAUCGCCACAGAACGUCUCCACCACCUCCCCGUCUGGUGGCAACAGCACCCCAGGCAUCAACAGCCACCACCCGCAACAGGCGGCGCAACCCCCGCAACACCAUCCACAACAGAUGCGGCACAGUCCUCAUGACAUCGCAGCAACCACGAUGGCGUCGUCGCCAGACAGCAAUGUCGUCGUCAUCUCAACCGGUCCCAGUGGGGAGCAGAGGGGUACAAACGUUCUAGAUCUACGCACAGGGGUAACAAACGGCACCCCUACCGUUUAGGACCACCACCGCAUCCAUCACCGUGGAUAAAACUGACUCUUAACUCCCACACCACCGAGUCUGCUAAUUGCUGGUUUCCAUUAAUUCGACUGGAAACGAGCAUUUUUGCUGUAUUCAACUAUUAUCAUGCCUUUUGAACAACUUGUAUUGAUCAAACUUUAUAUACCAGGAUCGAAAUGGAGAAUGAUCAAAUUGAAUGCAACUGACUAUUUCCCGCCAGAAAGGCUUAGUAUUCCACCUGAUUGAGACGAUCCGGGUUUAGUGAUCCUUCUUGAUCGGGGGAAUCAGAUAAACAUUGUAUUAGAUAAUCUUCUUCAAUAUCAUUAUCCACCUAUUCUGUUCUUUACUUGUACAAACGUAUAUCAGACAGUUCUUAUUGUAUAUACAUUUAUUUUCUACGAAAAAAUGGGCCUUUCUCUGAAAUGUGUAGAGAAAUAUUCAGUGUUUUCCUUUAUAAUUAUUGUAUAUAGAUAUACCAUGCUUUUUGUAGUGUAUAUUAUUAUUUUUGGUGACUGUGCGUCUUGUAUUUAUACCGUUUACAACGGUUAUAUAAAUCGUGCGUUAUUUCCUUAUCCAUGUUAUCAUAGAAAAAGGGCAAUGCAAUGCUUUAUUCUCGUAGAAUAAAGGCUUACGGUUAGAAUUUUGCUCUUUUCCCAUUUGUAGUAUUUUGGGAUUUUCUAUUCUCGACUAGAACACACGCACAAAUAAAUGCACAAUACGACCUUUUGCUGCAUUUUUAUUCAUACUAUUUAUUCACUUGGCUAUCUAGGUUUUGAUCAAACCUCAUGACAUUUCUGAAAUUAUGUGAUUUUGAACAGACGUUGUAAAAAUUCGUUCUGCUUUUGUAUUCUGCUCUCGCUUGUGAGGCUUUUCAGAGAAGAAUACGGAGAGAAAAAAGAGAAACAUUGAAAUAUGAUUCCCAGGUGUUGUUGGUGCAAUAGGAUUAUUGUAAUCGUCUCUUUCUGUUUUCAAUAUAUUUUAUUUUUAUUAACAUUGGAAGGCAGUUUGUGGAGAUAGAGGGUUUACGGUAUUCGAUCUAAUACUAGCUAACUUAAAACUAUACCUCUUUAUGGCACGGACUACAAUUUUAUGUUUACGCACGUGGAUUUUUCGUUGAUUUAAAUUUCUUUAGAUUACGUGACAAAUAUUAACAUAUUUUCACGAUUCUGUGCGAGACUACGCAAUUAAGAAGAUAUUGUAUGAAAACAAUUUUAUGAUUUAGAAGGGGAAAAUCCCUAUAUUUCAGGAUGCACUGAUAUAUGUAUCUGUAUAUUUGCACUUAAUAUAAUUCCAUUGUUUAACCAUUUUUCUUGAAUUUUUAUUUCAGGAUAUCAUGACCUCAGGAUAUUUGAUAUUUUUCUGUUGGUUUCCAGAAGAGAGCGAUAAUGAUCAUAAUUAAUAUACAGGGGGGGGGGGGCAUCCCGUUUAAUUGUUCAUUUUGUCACGGUGCACUCAUCACAAGCACUGCUUAUAGGAGUUGCUACCUCCAUUGUUGUUAAAUUUUUGAGUUGUAUCAAUGCUUUAUCAAUAUCUUUGGAAAUAAAUGUUAAAUUGAAUUGAAUUUUCAAUUUAAACGAUACCUGAAGGAGGAAAAAAGAUGUAGUAAACCAGAAAGAUACAAGAAAUGGUAUGGGGAAAAUGCUUAAUAUUCUGCUGAUUUUUAUCCUUAAUAUAGUUCAGACUCAUCUUUGUGUUACCAAAUAAACAAAACACAGGCGAUGCUCUUUUUCCUAUGAGUAGAGAAAUAUGUAAAUACCUCGAUCAGGCGCGACUUAAUUUUUUUUCACAUUCUAAUAAUUUGAAUUCUGGGUCACAGAAUGUUUUUUUCACUCAGCUUCAAAUGUUGAUUGUUGGAUAAAUCUUGGCCAUACGACUCAACAACUGUACUGUAUUCAAAUUCAACUCCUUGAACAAAAUGUGACAUAUCGUGACCUCCUAUUUCUCUCGGCAUCUAAUUUUUCAAGCCAAUUCUUGUUAUUUGCGAUUAUCCCAACAUAAUCUGAAAUAUAUAAUUUCGUUCUUGAUAUUGAAAACGUCACCCUUUAAUUCGCAAUGAUAUAUAUUUAUUACCAAUCUCGUUGGAUAGGCUUCGAGUAUUUUCAAUUUGGUUAAAUACUUUCUGAUACCUCAGUCAUAUGUACGUAGUUUCCUUUUAGAUUUUUAAAUUUGACACUAAUCUGAGGGGGGGGGGGAAGAGACGCGGUCUUUUCUGAUGUUUACUAACUCCAUGACUUUAACAACAUGCCGUAUGGUGGAAAGGGUUUUUCGAAUUACACAUUAUUGUUGUUGUUAAUUUUUGUAUUUAAACUUCGUUAGCCUUAUGUAGUUUUCUACAACUUUUUCAUUCCAACUUCUUACCUAAUUUACUUCUCUAUUUUUUUCCUCAAAAUCACGAUCCUUAAUCUUCGUGUGGCCUUUGAUUCUAUCGUCACGAAUAAUUAUGUGAUGGAAUUUUCUCAAGAUAUAUUUUUAACAUGUAAAUAUCAACCAUAUGUCAUUAAAUAUAAACAGUGGAUUGUGACCAAUUGCGUUUGAUAAAGAUAUGAGGCGAAUGGGUAAUUGAUUUAAAACAAAACAGAAUAGUGAUUGUGACGUGUUUUUUUCGAAACCAAAAACAUGAUCGUUUACAAUAACUUAAAGUGAAGAAGCAAUCAUUCUGAAAAUGUAAAAGUGAUUCUACCUUUGAAAUUUGUAGUAUUGCUUUUAAAAUGAUAACUUACACUUAUAACAAUGUCAGAUCUAGCUAUGCUUUGCACAACAAUUCUAAGCACGAAUGCUUAUUUUUUAACAAAUAGACAAAUAGACCCUGAUUUUUUUUAUUAGGUCUUAUAUCGAUGAUUACAGACUAGAAGCAUACGCAAUGUAGGUAUAUUUUAUAUUCUAUUAUCAUUAAUGUAACACAUGUAUUGUAAAGUUCUAAGAAAUAAUUCGGUUAAAGCCUCACUAUUUGCAAACAAAUGUUCCUUCGAUGUGCCUUGUUUAAGGCCCACGUGACCAAAAUUUUUUCGCAACAUGCGUGAUAUUUUGUUCGUUCACAUUUGUAUUGUUUAAUUGAGUGUUAACGAUAUUCAAAAUUCAUAAGCAACAUUGGAACAAUGAGCCGUUAUUUAGAAUGGAUGAUGAAUGCUCAAAGGGUGCUACUUUCAUAGGAAUCAUACCCAUUCCCUUCUUACGUAUUCUCCACUCCAGUCCCUUUAUAGUUAUUUUUUAUCCAUUACACUUUCUUUCGUCCCUUCACGACAAAGUUCAUCUUGAUGAGGUCAAUUAACUCGACUUACAUUGCAGUCAAUUCUAGAAAUUAUUAUUUAUUAUAGAAAAGAGGAGAUAUUUCAAAUAUUGUAUAUUAUCUUCAACAGAUGACUAUCAUGCUAUGAUUUUAUUGGCUUCUGUUUCAUAUCUUCUGUGGUUAGUUUUAUACAAAAAAUGCAACGUAUAGUAUAUACAUUUGUAACGACUACAAUCAUUCUCUAACUUUCACUCGUGAAGCAUUAUGGAUGUGAUAUUUCAUGGAAAUGUCUCACAACAUAAUUUGUACAUGGUAUUCGUUUGUAAUAAAAAGCGAAAAACACCUUGAA